UUUCUUCUAUGUUUUCUUCUAGGAGUUUUGUAGUUUUAAGUUAUACAUUUAGAUCUAUGAUCCAUUUUAAGUUAACUUGUGCAGCUGGAGGGUAAGGGUCGAGGCUCACUUCUUUUGCAUAUGGAUGCCCAAUUGAAAAGAAUAUCCUUCCUCCCUUGUAGUACCUUUGCACCUUUGUUAAAAAUCAGUUGUCUGUAUUUGUGUAGAUACAUUUCUGGACUCAAUUCUGUUCCAUUGAUCUGUUUGAAGUUUUAUAAUAAGUUUUAAAAUCACAUAGUGUUAGCUUUUCAAAUGUGUUCUUUUUCACACUUGUUUUGGUUAUCCUAGGUCCUUUGUACAUCCACGUAAAUUCUAGAAGCAGCUUGUUCGUUUCUGCAAAAAAGAUGCUUGGAUUUUGAUAGGCAUUGCAUUAAAACUGUUGAUUUGUAUAGAAUUCAUAUCAUAAAAUGAUAUUGAGUUGCCUGGCCAAUGAAAAUCUGUAUAUCCAUUGAUAUAUCUCUUCAUUAAUUUUGCUCAGCAUUAUUUGAUAGUUUUUAGUAUAUAGGUUUUGCAUAUCUUUUGUCAGAUUUAUCCCUAUGAAUUGCUGUUUUUGAUGCUAUUGUAAAUAUAUUAUUCUUUUACUUUCAUUGUUUAUUUAUCAUUGCUACCAAAUGGAAGUCAUUUUUUUGCCCAUUGCAUCCUGCAACCUUUCUAAACUCACUUAUUAGUUCUAGUAGGUUUUUUUGUUAAGUCUAUCAGAUUUUGUACAUAGACAAUCUUUUCAUCUUGUAAAUACAGUUUUCUUUCCAAUUUGAAUGCCUUUCAUUUCAUUUUCUUGCCUUAUAGCACUGAUUAGAACCUCCAGUACAGUGCUGAACAGAAGUGGUCGGAGUGGACAUCCUUAUCUUGUUCCUGGUUUUAGGAAGAAAACAUCUGUCUUUCAAAAUUAACUGAAAAACUACGUGAAGUUCUUAGGCAGUAUAAAACGAAAAAAUUUUCCAAAUCUUCAACAGUACAGUUGCAGUGAAUUUUAGAGAAUCAAUAUACUGACAGUAUUGACUAUUCCACACAUCCAUGAAUAUGAGGGCUGCCUUCAAAGGAGAGGGAGAUGACUCAUUAGGAAACUCAGCUGACCAAAGCUUUUUAGCAUCUCUUGUUUCUGAGUAUGAUAAGCAUCUGGAAGAGCUAAAUGGGCAGCUGAAAUAUUACCAGAAACACAUGGGCGAGAUGAAACUACAACUUGAAAAUGUCAUCAAGGAAAAUGAAAGGUUGCACAGUGAAUUAAAAGAUGCUGUUGAAAAACAGUUGGAGGCCCUUCCCUUUGGCACAGAGAUGGGAAGUGAUAUAUAUGCAGAUGAUGAAACAGUCAGGAAUCUUCAGGAACAAUUACAACUAGCCAAUCAAGAAAAAAAUCAGGUUUUCGAACUCUGGCAGACUGUUUCUCAGGAGCUCGACAGAGUGAAGAAACUUUACCAGGAGCAUAUGACUGAGGCCCAAGUUCAUAUAGUUGAAAGUCAAAAGCAAAAGGAUCAGCUGACCAGUUUUCAACAACUGACCAAGCAACUUCAUGUUACUAAUGAGAACAUAGAAAUGACUAACCAACACUUUCUGAAAACCGUAACUGAACAAAAUGUGGAAAUCGAGCGACUCCGAAAACAACUUAGGCAAGCCAAGUUAGAUCUGAGAGUUGCAGUUGCAAAAGUGGAAGAGUUAACUAAAGUGACUGAAGAUUGUCGAGAACAGAUGCAAAAGAAGGAGGAGGAUAUGGUGUCUGCCCAAAGAAGAGAGGAAGCAUCAGAUAGGCGUUUACAGCAGCUGCAAUCCAGUAUAAAACAAUUAGAAACAAGAUUAUCUGUGACACUCCAAGAAGCCACCCAAUUAAGAGCAGAUAAAACACAUUUGGAAAAACAGACCAGAGAGUUACAAGCAAAGUACAAUGAAUUAGAAAAUGAGAAAUAUGAAGCUAUUGUAAGAGCCAGAAAUAGCAUGCAACUCUUAGAAGAAGCUAACCUGCAAAAAAACCAGGCUGUGCUUGAGGAGAAGCAAAAAGAAGAGGAAAUAGAGAAAAUGAGAAAAACACUUUCUCAGUUUAUGCAAGAUGCUGCCACAAGAACCAAGAAAGAAGUUGCAAACACAAGAAAACAAUAUAAUGUACAGAUUUCUCGACUAACAGAAGAACUUUCAGCCCUUCAGAUGGAGUGUGCCGAAAAACAGGGCCAAAUUGAACGAGUCAUUAAGGAGAAAAAAGCAGUGGAAGACGAACUAGACAAGAUUUACCGUGAAGGCAAAGUAAACGAAAGUCAUUACAGAAAACUGGAAGAAAUGCACCAAAGAUGCCUGGUUGCAGAGCGGUCAAAAGAUGAUCUUCAGCUAAGACUUAAGACAGCAGAAAAUAAAAUUAAGCAACUUCAAUUAAAUUCCUCGGAAGAGAUAUCCCGUUGCCAAGAAAUGAUUCAGAAACUUCAAAAUGUCCUGGAGUCUGAGAGAGAGAACUGUGGAUUAGUCAGUGAACAAAGGCUAAAACUUCAGCAAGAAAAUGAACAGUUACAGAAAGAGGCCGAGGAUCUAAGAAAGAUUGCUCUCGAGGCUCAAAAAAAGGCAAAAUUAAAGAUCAGUACCAUGGAACAUGAAUUUUCAAUAAAGGAGCACGGGUUUGAAGUUCAGCUGAGAGAGAUGGAAGACAGUAAUCGCAAUUCCACUGUUGAACUGAGGCAUCUCUUAGUAACUCAACAGAAGGCAGCCACCAGGUGGAAAGAAGAAACGAAGAAACUUACUGAAAGUGCUGAAAUUAGAAUCAGUAACCUGAAGAGUGAGCUGAGUCGACAGAAACUUCAUACCCAAGAGCUGCUUUCUCAGCUGGAAAUAGCAAAUGAAAAGGUAGUUGAGAGUGAAAAGCUAAUUCUUGAGCAUCAAGAAAAAGCCAACAGGCUUCAGAAGCGGCUCAGUCAGGCAGAGCAGAGAGCGGCGGCGGCUUCUCAGCAGCUCAGUGUGGUUACAGUGCAGAGAAGAAAAGCAGCCUCCAUGAUGAAUCUGGAAAAUAUUUAAAAAUAUCCGUAGUUCACUCACACACUUUAGAGUUGGGGAAGCUGUUGGACUAGCGGUGUGCUGAAAUGGUAAAACCUGCAGAGAGUGGUUAAGGCUUGAGCCAUUUUGUAUAAGCGUAUUCCAUUGUUUUUGAGGGUUAACAGAAACAGAAAGGGACAGCUUCCUGUGAGUAAAGAAAACAUAGCCCUGCACUGAGCUCCAGUGGAGAAUAAAGCGGCUGAGAAGAACUCUGCAUUCGUCAGUGUGCCUUUCCUGUGGAAGAGAAAAAUGGUUUAUAAACUAUGCUAAUCAUGAGGAAGAGAUUUUAAGAAAAUGCUAGAAUUUUAAUAUUUCCAAGAUUUGAGAGUUUUACAUCUAAUUGUUACUUCUAAUUCUUUUUUAAGGUUCCCGAGUAUCCGUUUUAUUAUGAAGUCUUAAAUGUAAUAAAUUAUGUGUUCUCAA